GCAGCAGCAGCGGGGCAGGCAGGUGGUGUCAGUCUGGGCUGGAAGUUGGCCGCGCAGGAGCAGCCGGACGGGACCCGGGGAGUGACUGGCUGAGAGGCAGCAGCCGGGGCAGGUGCCGGCCGGCUGCCCACGUGUGCGGGCGGCUCUCCCGCGGACCCUAUGUGUGUGGCCCGGGAGCGCUCUCCCGCUGUGCUGCUUCGCGGGGCGCCCUCGGGAUGCGGAAUCUGCUGCUCCUUCUCUUCGCCGCCUGCUGCAGCGUGGGGCCGGUGAAUGGCAUCCACCCAGAAUGCAGAUUUCAGCUGGAGAUUCAUGAGGAGGAAAUAAGAUGUAUGGAACUUCUAAACAGUGUCAAAACAGUGGUGUUUAACGGAUGUGUUGGAGUUUGGGAUAACAUUACUUGCUGGCGCACUGCUGAAAUUGGAGAGACUGUCAGUGUCCCUUGUCCAAAAGUAUUUAGCCACUUUUUCAGCAAACCAGGAAAUGUUAGCAAAAAUUGUACAAGUGACGGAUGGUCAGACGUAUUUCCAGAUUACAUAAGCGCUUGUGGUUAUCAUGCCAAUGAUGAUGAUAGUAAGAUUAAUUUCUACGUACUAGUGAGGGCAAUCUACACCCUUGGACAUAGUGCGUCCCUGAUUGCUCUAACGACAGGAAGUAUAAUUCUUUGCCUUUUCAGAAAACUUCACUGCACACGGAACUACAUCCAUCUGAACUUGUUCCUCUCUUUCAUUCUAAGAGCAAUCUCUGUUUUAGUCAAGGAUGAUAUUCUUUAUUCCAAUUCCAACACAGCUCACUGUUCAGAGGAUCAGUCGUCAUGGGUUGGCUGCAAGGCUAGUUUGGUAUUUUUCCAAUAUUGUGUUAUGGCAAACUUUUACUGGCUCUUAGUUGAAGGACUUUACCUCCACAUCCUCCUUGUGGUAAUAUUCUCUCCUAACAGACAUUUCACAGCCUAUCUUCUCAUUGGCUGGGGAAUUCCUACAGUAUUCAUCAUCUUGUGGACAGUGACAAGGAUCUUUUUAGAGGACACUGGUUGCUGGGAUACAAAUGAUCACAGUGGUCCUUGGUGGGUUAUACGAUUACCAAUUUUAAUUUCUAUUAUAGUGAAUUUUAUACUUUUCAUUAGUAUUAUAAGAAUUUUACUGCAAAAGUUAAGAUCGCCCGACGUCGGAGGCAAUGAUCAGUCACAAUACAAGAGACUUGCAAAAUCAACAUUGCUGCUUAUUCCGUUAUUUGGAGUUCACUACAUGGUGUUUGCUGUAUUUCCUAUACGGAUUUCCAGUCACUAUCAGAUAAUUUUUGAGUUAUGUUUGGGAUCUUUUCAGGGGCUGGUUGUUGCAGUCCUGUACUGCUUUUUGAACAGUGAAGUCCAAGGUGAGUUGAAAAGGAAAUGGCGGAGUUUGUGUUUGAGCCAGACAGUGGGCCGCGACUACAGAUCCCAUAGCUGUUCUGUUUCUCGAAAUGGCUCAGAAAGUGUCUCCCAGCUCCAUCGGAAUUCAGAGGCACAGUCUUCUAUGCAGACAGAGACCACAGUGAUAUAAACCAUGUAGCUCAAACUAAAGACUAUGGGACAUAUCACUAUAUGGAGCUCAAUGUAAUAUUUUCUAAAAUGAACCAUUUAUGCUUUGCUUUUCUACAUAUUGACAUCUGGAGACUGGCCUGGUGCAGUAAAUCAGGUAACAGAUGGGCAGACGGCUUUGCAGACAUUUUGGCCUAGCUCUCCAAAGGCAUUUUGCUGCCUAACCCCCAUUGAUUUGAAAGCAGUAGUAGUUAGGCCCUAAAUACCUUUGGAGAUCUGAGCCUUUGUGAUUUUAUUUAGUCCUGCUCACAUUACAUUCUGAUGUUCUCCUGUCAUUUGUACUAGAAGUAACUAUUCUAAAUAUAAUUUAUUUUAAUGCUCUAUUUCUAUCUCUCUCUAAUAUGUAAUGUAUGCUGAAUCCCACUCAAUGUAUGUUGCUUUGGUCCAUGUUUAAGGAAGUAGGGUGGGAGGUGAGAGAGAAUAUCGAAUAUACCAUCUAUACUUAAUAGAAUGUUCCUUUCACCCAGAUGCUAGACCCUACUAUAGCAAACAAAAUUGAAAUAGAGAUAUUUAGGGCCAUAUGUUUGUUCUUGAUCCCCAUAUGGAAAUCCAGUUGAUGGCGGUGGGAAUUUAGCAUACAGAUGAAGGGCAUUAUGAGUCCAUAUUUUGCACAGAAGAAAAUGUUAGUCCUUCUUAGCUCCUUACAUAAAUCCUAAUUCAAUUCAGAGCUACCUCACUGCAAUAUUUGAUCCUAAGGGCUUGAUCCUGCUUUCCUGCACGAGUGCCCACUUCUACAUAUCUUAAUGCAGAAUGUGGGGCUAGCCCUGCAGUCCUUACAGGAAAGCCCAUUGCACAGUAGUGGUCAUCAUUAAACAGUCAGCAUUUGCCAAUAGUGGCAUCUGAGAUUACUAGAGUUUUACCCCAUGCUAAAAAUCAAAGAUAUCUCUGGUAACUGUGUGAUAACAUUUGGCAAAUGUUAAUGUUUUUAAUGACUUCUACUCCAUCUGAUUUUUUCUACCUAGCUGACAGUCAGGAGCACCGCCAGCUUUUUUGCCGCCCUAGGCGGCGGAAGUUUCCACCCCCGAAAUACCGCCCCCGACAGAGGCAGCAGAAGGUCCCGCCCCCGAAAUACCAUCAACGACCGGGGCGGCCGAAGAUCUGGCCGCCGCAGUCGCCGUCCCCCAAUGUUAGCGCCCUAGGCGACUGCCUAGGUCGCCUAAUGGGUUGCACCAGUGCUGCUGACAAUAAAUGUAUGUGUUUCAGAAAGGCAGGACUGAACAUUAAUACCCUAGCCAUCAGGUUCUAUGAGUUCUCAAAAAUGGUAUCCUCUUUGCUUUGCUUCAAAAGAAAAAAAUAUUUUGGUUACAUUUAUGAUAGAUGUCCAUCAUAUAAGAUAAACGGACAGAAAGGAACCCACACUGACAUUAGAAAAGAGUUAGGAACACACAGAAGACAAACUGGGCGCCUCAAUCUCUUAUCUAACUUUCUAAAGAGGUAUUUUCCUAAUAGAACAGCCUAGUGAAGGCUAAACAGGAAUGGACAUCCCACUCACCCACUGAAAACAUGUUUUUAUACGUAAUGAUUUUAUUAAAAUAUAUCUUUAGAACUUCACAUUUGGCAGCUAAAAUUAAGUGUAUCAAAUUAUAAAUACUACUGGAGUUCAAUGAACUAUGUAAAUACUUUCAACAUAAUGCCAUUUUAUAUCUGAGAGGUGAUUGAAAAUGCAAUCCUGACCAGCAAGGCCAAAAAAAAACCAGACACAAUCCCUUUCAAAUGACCAUAAAAGGCAUAAAUUGAAAGCAUUUUUGGUAACCUCAAGCCCCUUAUGUAGCCACAGUGAAAUGAAAGACACGGCGCUGACAAGUGCUUAUAAAUACACACACAACUUCUGCAAUCUUACAAGACAUAAGCACUGUUAUGUUUACCUCUCAUGUCACAACUGACCAUUUCCUCUCUAAAUAACAAGUGUGAAUACUAUGCAUUUGCAUGAGUAUUUUGCCUCAUAAACUGAAGUGUUACCACAAUAUUUCAAACAGGAAAUUGUACAUUACGUGACAGUUGCCAUGAUGUAAAUAAUAAUCACUUAAUUCAUAUCUUCUAAUUAGUAUUACCAAUAAACACCCUGUAUUGUAGUUCAUUUUAACUAACAAUAAGUAAUAGAAAUAAGAUUGUUUUGUGUAACAAUCUAUUUAUUGCCAUAUUCACAAACAAUAGCCUUGGUUCAAAAGAUAAAUAGUUACUGUUGCACAACUGAGGCCUUUCCUGUCUUACAAAAAUAAUCUGACAAUCAAGGGACUUUCAUACCAGCCUUUUCUACCUUAAACCACUCAGAAUAUUUUGUAGAGACAGCCACUUGUCAAGCUAACUUAAAAAGUUAAAAAGAUUUGAUUGUUCAGUGAUACUUGUGUGUUAACAUUGGUCAAAAUAUUCAGAUAUUUGGAUCAAAUUGAUAAACUAAACAUUAAUAAAUCACCAGACUCAAAUGUGAAAUUGUAGGACUAUUAAUUGUAGUCUGUAACCUAUCAUUUAAAUCAGUUUCUGUAUCAAAUGACUGGAGGAUAGCUAACG